AUGAAGUACCGCACUGGAGCCCUGAUUGCCAUGUGCCUCACCACAGGCACCUUUGCCGCUCCCACCAGCGAGAAGCCUACUGUCCAAGUCAAGGCUAUCACUGAGGAAGGAAAACCCUCCGGGUCUCUUGGCUUGCUCGGCGGCAGCUUUCCGGAGAGCAAGUACAUCGAGUUGGGCGAGCAUAAGAAGCAUAAAGGCCCUUAUCGCCGCUCCAUGGAGUUCGACGCGAAGGAAUCGGGCAAGAAACCGGUCGGUGACCUUGUUGGUGAUGUUGGCAAGGCGCUUCCUGUCCGUCGGUCGGAGAAACCCGUCGGCGGCCUUGUUGGUGAUGUUGGCAAGGCGCUUCCUGUCCGUCGGUCGGAGAAACCCGUCGGUGGCCUUGUUGGUGAUGUUGGCAAGGCGCUUCCUGUCCGUCGGUCCAUGGAGGUGGACGCUGAGACUCCGAAGCCGUCUAUCCCUGGAGAGAAGCGCCCUAAAGCCACCCGUCGCUCUAUGGAAUUUGACGCAAAGAGGCUGAAGAACAAGAGGCCGAAGAACAAGAAUCUUCCCAUUCCCGCCCGUCGCUCUAUGGAGUUUGACGCGAAAAAGCCUGUCGGAGACGUUGCCGAGGAUGAUGAUGCUCCCACCGAGAAAGGUACUGAAGAUGCAGGGGCUUCUGAUGAGUCGCAGUAG